AUGACGACGUUCACCACUGGCCUCAUGAAGCGCCUAUUACUCUCCACCGCCCUUGUCGCCUCAGUAGUUAUGGCUUCCUUCAAGCCCGCUAACUACCCGAAAAGCUCAGUGACCUGCAAAGCCACUCGGCGUGCUCCAGUUAAAGAAGAGGUCGAUAUCACUCUCAAAUAUGUCGAAGUUAACCCCAGCGCUCCGACGACGAUCGUAAUGGUUCAUGGUUGGCCAAGUUUGUGGAGUACCUGGUCAAACCAGAUUCAAGAAUUCCAGGGCGAUUAUCAUUUAAUAGUCCCUGAUCUACGCGGCUUUGGAGAGUCCACACAUCCAGGCGAUACCAAGUCGUCAGGGACGAUGGGAGACAUGGUCGGGGAUCUCGUAUGCAUUCUGGAACAGGCGAAAGUUCAUUCUGCUAUUUGCAUGGGGCAUGACUGGGGAUCAACAGUUUGCUACGAAGCUGCUCGUGCUAGACCUGAUAUUUUCACGGCGGUGAUCGGGGCAGUUGUUCCAUAUAUUCCUUCGGCCGGAUCGUUCGUUCCCAUCAAGCAUCUUACCAAAGCCCUGCCUAAACUGACAUACCAAGUCUACUUCGACGCCCAAACCGAGUCAGCUGUCGCGGAGCUUGAUGCGAAUAUCAGGCGUGCGACGCGCGCUACAUUGAGAACCGCCGCAAUCCCGCCACCGGAUGCAUUUUUACAGAGCUCUGAAUCUUUCCUUGCAGCCUGGGAUGAUCACGAAGAGCUUUCUCCCGUUGCUUUCUUUUCGCAAGAAGAAGAAGAUUAUUUCGUUGAGCAGUACGGUCAUCAAGGCUUCAAAUACACGCUACAAUUCUACACACAAGAGAAUCGAUUCCAAUCAUGGGAGUUAGCUCACUCGCAGGGUAAUCACACUAUCCCACAACCAGUUCUUGCUAUCUAUCCCAAACAGGACCCUGUUGCCAACUGGACAGUUGUAGCUCAACUUCUUAAAUCGACCCACUUUCUCCCAACUUUGACCACGCAGCUAAUGGAUGGUGCCCAUUGGCCCCAUCUUGAGAAUCCUCGCGAAUUCAAUGCGUUUGUUCGUAAGUGGCUAGCCAAUCUUUCUAUAGCUUCCAAUGACAAGACGGAAAUUCCGCACGGGGAUGAACUAUGA